UAGAAUGUCCGGGGGAAUGCGACAGAGUUGGUUGACGAGUCUGCGAUUAUUGAGAGGUUUCGAGUCGUCGUUUCUUUUCUCUUCUUUUCGUGUGCUCGUGCGAUGUCAAUGCGCGGGAGCUAGUAAACGGAGACGGCGAGUUUAUUACGAUUUUGUUGCCGGACAGUGUGUCAAGCACGGAGACGUCAACAGAGCGUCCGAGCUCGCCUCCACCAUGGAACAGGAACAAGACUUCGUGUUCCAGAAAGGCGCCUUUCGAAGUCUCCUCUAUUUGUAUGCUCAUCACAGCAGACCAGAUGACAUGCUGAGGAUCAAACAGAUAAUGAUUGACAAAAAGCAACUGUUGGACAGCUCAGCAUACUCAAGCCUCGUGUCUGGUUUGGUGGCGGCAGGCAGACUAGAAGACGCAUUUAAACAACUGAGAGAAGCAGAGGCUACGAGUAUUGACUUACAGGCUAGGAUGUUUGUACCGAUAAUCGAAAAAUUAGUGGAGUUGAGACGUGUAGAGGAGGGACGUGAGUUGUGGCGAGAGAUGGUGGAUGAUCAUCGGUUGUGGCCUACAGAUGCAGGACUCGGAGGGAUUUUCAGAGGUCUGAGUGAAACGAAGAGCGACGAUUGGGUGUGGAGUAUCUUUCAAGAGAUGCGGAAUGAGUAUAGGUGCAUCGACUUAGUUACAACACAGGCCAUUGCUCAUUGGUUCAACAGCUGUCAGACUGACAAGUGGAGAGUAACCACCACAUCGAUUAGUGGCGACGGUCACUGUUGUGCUUGCGGUCACAAGUUGGAGUCUAUCGAGUUGCCGCCCGAUAGAAAGGCGGCACUUCUUAGACGAACGACUGAAUUGCUAUCGGGGUUCGAAAACACAGACGGUGUGGCUAAUGCGGAGACGUGUCGUGAUGCCGCACGAGACACCCACAGGAGAGCACUCACUCAUCGCAUCAGGGAGAUCGAGACACAAAUUGUGCAGCUUGAGGCGAACACAUUGCACAACUCGUCGGACAAGCACAUCAGAGACAUGCUGGAAGACAGAAAAUCUCAGUUGAAAUUAUUGAGGAGGAACAUGCCGCUCACGUUGAAAGGAUUGUACGAACGAUUAGGCUUGCAGCCUCCGUUGUUGAGCGAGGUGAAGCAUUUUAAGGAUUGGAUAGCGAGAACUGGACCAUAUAAUGUCGUCGUGGAUGGACUCAAUGUAGCCGGUUUCAACAGCAGGGGAAAGACUGAUCUACUGAAGGUUGAGGGUGUUGUGCGGCAUUUCUUGGAUCAGGGGAAACGGGUGUUGUUGAUAUUUCGAAAACACGUGUAUGAUAACAGGCGCUAUCGUCCUAUAUUGAAACGGUUGACCGAGGUGAACACGUGUCAUGUGUACUACACUUCAAACAGGAGAGUGGACGAUUGGUUCUUUCUAUACGCCGCCGUCUGUGGUGAUAUGGAAAUCGAACUGGUUACCAAUGAUCAAAUGCGUGACCACAGACAGCUGUUUCACGGUAAGCUCUACCAAGACUUCCUGAAGUGGCAGCAAAGACAUCAAGUCAAGCUGCUUCACUUCCGAAACAACUUGCGACCAACAUUUCAGUCUCCACAGGCUCACGACAGUGUGGUACAGUGGACAGGUGAUACUUACCACUUUCCCAUGACUGAAAUGAAUCAAUGGCUGUGUGUUACCAAAAUACAAAGAAAUAAUUUAGCAAAUCAUAGAUAGUACGUAACUAUUCUAGACGUCUUUUACAGUACAGAAAAACUGUGGUGCACUCGAUUCGCGGGUUAGGUAGGACUCUACUGAGCGACAGAGUGUUUCAAAUUGAACAUUAGUAUUUUAC